AUGGCCGGCGAGAUUAUAACCAUUCAAGUGGGUCAAUGUGGGAAUCAGAUAGGGAAGCAUUUCUGGUUACAGCUAGCUAAAGAGCACGGUAUCGAUAAGGAUGGUCAGGGAAUCACGAAUAAUGAGGAAGUAAGAGACGAUGACACAAACCCAUUCUUCAAACUAAAUGACAGUAAUAGAUACACACCAAGAGCUCUAAUGCUUGACUUGGAGCCAAGUGCAAUUCAGGACGUUCAAAACACUUUCCCAGGUGUUUUUAACCCACGAAAUACCUGGAUUUCUCCAGAGGAACUAGGAGCUGGAAAUUCAUGGUCAAAGGGUUAUGAUUAUGGGCUGGCGAAUCAAGAGACUUUUAUGAAUAUGAUCGACAGAGAAAUUGACGCGACUGAAAACUUCGAAGGGUUCCAAUUACUGCAUUCUGUGGCCGGAGGGACUGGCUCUGGUUUAGGAUCCAGUCUUCUGGAAGCGAUAUCUGAUAGCUAUCCCAAGAAGUUUCUAACAACUUAUUCAGUGUUUCCCAGUGAUGAAUCUGAAGUUGUCAUACAACCCUAUAACACAAUACUGACCCUCAGAAGGCUGGAAGAAAAUAGCGACGCCUCGAUAGUAUUUGAUAAUAAUGCUCUGCUUAACCUCACAAGUAGGGUGUUUAGAGAUCCUUACACAAGUUAUUUGCAUACCAAUCAACUAAUAUCUGCAACGAUGUCGGCAAUUACGAAUCCAAUCAGGUUUCCCAGUUAUAUGUAUAAUUCGCUGCCUAGCAUUUUCUCCACACUAGUGCCGACUCCAGAGCUCCAUUUCCUUGUCCCAGCUUUCACACCUUUCACUUCGGAUUACGUUUCAGGUGGGAAAGAACCAAAGAACAAUACUGCGUAUGACGUCCUGCUCGACCUGAUCGAUGGAUCAAGCUCUUUGGUUUCAAACACAAUUGACAACCCAACGUACUACAAUGUGCUAUGUUCCUUAGUGGGAGCAGUUGAACAAAACGACGUAUUGCGUGCAAUAAUAAAGGCUCAACAGCGCUUACAAUUUGCGCCUUGGUCCUUUUCAUCAGUGCACGUAAACGUGGGAAGACGAUCUCCUUACCUUUCCGCUCAAACGCAUCACAAUCAUAUUAAUGGCCUAAUGCUGGCGAACACUUCGGCAAUCACGUCUCUUUUCACCAAGACAUGCAAGACUUUUGACAAGAUUUUCUCCAAAGGUGCAUUUCUUAACACCUUUAGAGAUGGCAAAAUGUUCCAAAACGGCUGGGACGAAUUUGCGGAAUCUCGUCAAGUUGUGCAGGACCUAACGGAAGAAUAUCUUGCCGCCGAACAGGAAACAUAUCUCGACGGCGUUCUGCUGGAGGAGGAAAACAUGGUCGGGCGCCAUGAUGGUAGACUAGAUGCAGACGGUGAUGAUAAUAUCGUGUAG